AUGGGUGUCUUCGUUACGGAGGAUAUUAUGCCAAAGAAAGAGUUGAACUUCAAAGCAAGCAAGGUGACCACGAAGAGCGAUGACCCGCCAUCGGAACUGAACAAUCGAUGGAAUGGAGUAGAGAUCUUCAUUCGCAACUUGACUCAGUUUGAAAUGUUUCUAUGCGACUCAUACACGAAUUGGGGUCGUGCCGCCAAAGGACCAGCAAGCACAGUCUUACCAUUCUCCACGAUGACUUACAGUUACUGCAACAAGACAUUCAGUCCUGGAGGAGUAGGCGCAGGAAACGCGUUCAAGCUUCGACUGGAUUCGUCCCAGGAAUUCGCCAUUGCAAUUGGAUUCACAAAUGCAAGACUGGCGUGUCGAAAGGCUGGCAUUAAAAAUUCAUCCAAAGCUGAAGACGGUUAUGAUGCAGCCAACGACCAAAGACAGUCCAUUGUAUCUGGCGAAUAUGAAGGGAAAUGCGAAGAAACCGGGGACUCCGUGAAGUUCACUAUUGAGGCUGCUUCGGAACCUGGGUCUAUCACUACAAUUACAAUCGAGCAAAGGAUCAAGGGGUAG